GUUUAGUUGGACGUCUCGUCGCGUGCGAAUCGAUUUGAGCCGGUGGGUUAAGUAAUUAGUCUAGCAGUUUUGCAUGAAUAACGUCCAGAGAAAAUAAUUUUGAAAAAUAGUUGAGAUUCUCGAAUGUGAAAUGAAACUUUGUUGUGAAAGAUGCAUAUGGUAAAAAUAUGCUUCUAAGUAAAAGAAGACACAAUUUAACAUAGUAUUGUUAUGCAAUCAAGUGCCAAGUGUCUGUUCGCAAAAUCGGAUGAUAAUCAGAAACAGUGUACAACAUGAUCGUCGCCAUUCUAUUGAUACUCCUAAUCGCAGCACUAGUGGGGUAUUUACUUCAAGAGCUGCAGCGACCUCCCAACUAUCCACCAGGUCCUCGCUGGUUACCGUUCGUCGGAAAUACACCAGCCAUACGUAAACUUGCUCGCGCCGCUGAAGGACAACAUCUGGCGUUUGAGACUCUCGCCAAGCAGUACAACAGUGCAGUGAUCGGACUUAAACUCGGCCGAGAAUAUGUCGUGGUCGCCAUGGGAUAUCCGGCUGUCCGGGAAGUACACAGCAAGGAAGUCUUCGACGGCAGACCGAACAACUUUUUCAUUCGAUUACGAACCAUGGGAACGCGAUUGGGUGUAACUUGCACAGAUGGUCCAUUCUGGACAGAGCACAGAAAUUUUGUAACACGUCAUCUACGGCAAGCUGGAUACGGUAGAAAGCCUAUGCAACUGCAGAUACAGAAUGAGUUGAAUGAGCUUAUAGGGAUUGUGCGGGAUCUUAGUGAGGAACCUGUGUGGCCUGGAAGUAUCCUUCCAACAAGUGUUAUCAAUGUUUUGUGGACUUUCACUACUGGGUCAAGAAUCGCUAGGGAUGAUGAAAGACUUGCCAGGUUGCUGUUAUUAUUACAAAAUCGUUCCAAAGCGUUCGAUAUGUCUGGUGGAAUUCUAAGCCAGUUACCGUGGCUUCGGUAUAUCGCUCCGGAAUGGACAGGAUAUAAUUUAUUAAAACGCUUCAAUAAAGAACUAAACGACUUUUUCAUGAUUACCAUCAAAAAGCAUCAUGAACAGUACAGUGACAACAAAUGCAACGAUGAUCUGAUAUAUGCAUACAUUAAAGAAAUGAAGGAAAAGCAACACGAGGAGGGUUCCACAUUCACGGACCUGCAACUAACAAUGAUAAUUCUAGAUAUUUUCAUUGCUGGAUCUCAAACAACAAGUAUUACAAUUGACCUAGCGUUCAUGAUAUUGGCACUCAUGCCAGAGAUUCAGCAAAAAAUUCGUGACGAGAUUGACGCAAACCUUCAACCAGAUGAAUUACCUCAACAAAUCGAUCGUACAAAUUUACCCUACACGGAAGCGUUUUUACUAGAAGUGCAACGAUUCUUUCAUAUUGUACCGGUCAGCGGUCCUCGAAGAGCAUUAGGCGACUGUACGCUAAGUGGUUAUCGAGUUCCGAAAAAUGCCACCAUUCUAAUGGGUCUUCGAACAGUCCAUAUGGAUCAGGAUCAUUGGGGAGAUCCCGAAAAGUUCCGACCGGAAAGAUUUCUCGAUACAGAUCUAAAGAUUACCAACACAGAACGUUUGAUUCCAUUUGGUCUUGGUAGACGACGUUGUCUUGGUGAAUUGCUAGCUCGAUCAUGUAUGUUUACGUUCAUGGUUGGAAUAUUACAGAAGUUUACCUUACAUAAAACGGAAAAUGGCUCUGAUGAACCCUGCCUGAGUCUGCUGCCUGGAAUAACUCUGUCACCUAAGCCAUACAAAAUCAUAUUCAGAUCAAGGUGAAAACAGAAAAAUAUUCAUUAACCCUUAAAUGCGCAGCGUUGUUUCAGAAAAUAUUGGAAAUAAUGUUUCAAAAUGAAUGUAUUUUAAUUUUUUCUACAAAUAUAAUAGUUUGGAGCAGUUAUCUAGGCUUUGAUUUCUUUAUUAAAACCUUGAUGGCUGUUUAUACGAAUUUUAUUUCUUAAAAAAACUGAUUUGAAACGUUAGUCGCAAUGUUGUUUUAAAACAACAUUGCGCAUUUAAGGGUUAAAUCAUCCUCCGGAUCUUAAAAGACGAACCACUCAACUGUGUAAAUGCUCGAAGUGACUUCAACGAGAUUGCAAAAAGGAACCUUACGUUUCAGCAAAACAAAAAACCGUUAAUUAUAAGCUUUUGAGAUGAUUUACUGUACUCGAGCCUAAUAAUUGAAUUGUUUGCAAUAAUGUAGUUACCCUAUGCAUGAGAUAUUGUACGCGACAGCCUCAAAUCGUUCCUAUGUAUCACUUUAAUUACAAAAUGCUAAAUAAUUAUAUAAUACCUAACCUUAACUGACUGCAAAAAAAAAUCAUUCCCUACAAAGUGGUAACUUCGAAUCAUUGCGUGGUUGGUUGACUGAAUCCUGAAUUUUAAACUAUCCAUUGCGACAAUGGUUCACGGUAAUGGCCACGGUAAACCGGAAAAGUCCACCGGACCUCCCAAGCCAGCAUCUGCCUCCAGUAAGCUCAUUAUCACUGCCAUCGCCGCUUCGUCAUUACCAUCGGUAGUGUUGGCUUGAGCGUGUGAAGCUUCUUGAAAGAAUAGGAAAAGAUUAAAAUAAAACAUAUUUACAGAUUAGUAAAUUCUUGUACCGUCUCCAGGGCUGGCAACUGUACUACUUCGUGAAUGAUUGUACCCUGGUAGAGUACCGUUAACUCGUUGCGUGGAAGGAACUCCACUCACUGAAGAAGCGGGUGAAACACGAGACGAUGAAGCUAGCGUUCGUUCUACUGAAGAAACUGCCUCACUCGACAAAUUCUUGACUUCCUGGGCAAUAGAGCUAAAGUUUUGCGGUAUUGAAACGUCAGCUGGAUCGGGACUACUCUCUAUGAAAGGAUAGUAAAGCUUUAAACACUAUUCAGAAUCCUUCAACUCGACUUUACCUGCUGACGAAUCGCCAACCCUUCGUUGAUGGUCCAUGACUUGUUCCGCUAUUUGACGUCCUAUUUUACUAGCCUCUACGUGCGAAUGUAUAAUUCGUUGUAUUUCGCGUCCAUUAGCUGAAGUAAUAAAAUAAAGCAAUUGAUAAACUAAAUAGAAUUUUCCAACGUCAUUGAAAAGCAGAUUCUUUAUUAAUUAUUUUGGAGCUGUUCGACUUGUCUCGUAAAUUACUUCUCAAAUCAAAAGUCGAAAGAUUAAUGUACCCUAACGCCAAAACGUUACUUACAAUGAUUAAAAAAAUCAUAUCCAACCGUACUUUGUCCGUUACUUUCGUUGUGUCCUUCACCGAGCUCGGUAUUACUGCUGUUAUUCCCAUUCCCAGCACUGUUAGCACCGUUACCGCUGGGCACCGUAGAACUUCCGCUGCCAAAAUUGCCUCCGCUACUGCCCCCAGUAUCUGCCAGG